AUGGCUACACUUUGCGCUAUGACAGAUCAAGCACAAGCAGCGGCGAUGGCAGGUGCAAUCCCCGCCGGUGGGUUAUGCCUGCUAGUGAUCGACCAGCAGGUUGACUUCCACCCUGGCGGCUCACUUGCCAUCCCAACGGCGAACGAAGACGCGGCGCGCAUUGCAACGUUUAUCCAGAAACAUUCCAGAGAGCUAAAGCAGCUCGUACUCACGCUGGACUCGCACCAGCGCUACCACAUUGCACACGGGAUCUUCUGGGAGAAUGCAGAAGGCAAGUCACUCAAGCCGUUCACACUUAUCACAGCCAAGGACGUGGCUGCUGGAGUGUGGAAGCCACGUGACCCCAAUCUGAAGGAAUACGUGCUGGCGUACACGUCGGCACUUGAGGCCAGUGGUAAGUUUACGCUGUGCAUCUGGCCAGAACAUUGCCUUAUUGGCUCACCUGGGCACAAUAUUGUGCCGAAUGUACAUGCUGCGGCCAUGGAAUGGACCAAGUUGUCGUUGAAACCCGUACAGUACGUUAUGAAAGGUGCAAACUCGUUCACGGAGCACUAUUCGGCGCUCAAGGCCGAGUUCGAGCUGCCGUACGAUCCGACGACAAGCUUGAACCAGUCGCUAGUCGAGUCACUUAAACUUGCUGACAAAGUCGUCGUCUGUGGCGAAGCCAUCUCGCACUGUGUGAAUUAUACGGUACGCGAUUUGGUGGCGGCGUGGCCGAAGGAUCGACGUUCGGACUUGGUGAUCCUGACUGAUUGUUCGUCCCCCGUUCCAGGCUAUGAAAAGACUGGCGAGGAGUUUCUACGCGAUAUGGCUGCGGCGGGACUGACGCUAACUACAUCUACUCAAUUCUCCACGUAG